AUGAGUGACGUCAUCUGUGAUCUGUCAAAAUCAAAUGUCAAUGUCAUGAAAUCGGACGUCAUACCCAGUCUACCUAAGCCGAAAUCGUCCGUCAGCCCGAAACUAGGGCGAAGCACCCCUACCAAUACGGUCCAGGCCGAACCUAGCAAGCCUUCUAACGGCUCUGCUGACCUUCUAGGCCUGGAUUCCGCCAAACCAGACCCUAAACCCGCUAACAACGACGAUAUCUUCUCCUCAUUUUUCUCGGCACCUCAAGAAAAACCCGCAGAAGUGAAGCUAGAAGACUCCAAGGCCGAUCUCAAGGUGGAAGAAGAGAACUUCUUCAAACAGGCCGCGCCCACGGAAAAGGAGAAGUCGAAGUUAACCAAGGACAGUAUAUUAGCUCUGUACAGUCAAACGCCAUCUACAAACUUAGUUAACCAAUUCAAUCCGGCGCCCGCGCAACCGGCGUACCAAGGGUUCGGGUAUCAGCAGCCUUUUAACACAAUGCCGGCGCAGAAUGGUAUGCAGUUCAAUCAGUUUCAACCUAUGAACAACCAGUUUCAGCAGCCAUUUGCCCCGCCAACACAGCAGCCAUUGCCUAAUCAGCAGUUCCCUCAAACGAACCAGUUCUUCAGCGGUCAACAACCGCAGCAACCGCUAACCCAGCAAUUCGGAGGCCUCAACUUAGGCCAGAGCUUCCCAAACUUCGCGCAAACGAAUUCCAAUGUUGCCAGCAAUACGACUUGGCAGUAG